GUUGGGAGGUUUGAAUGGCUCUCGGCGCGCGCGCGCACCAGCUCCACCCCGCGCGAAGGAUGGCGGCGCUCCGGCUGGGCCCGUGACUGCGGGAGGCUCAGGCUGACGCCGCCGCCCUCCCCAGAAGCGGGCCCGGGCCCCGGCCCCGGCUGUCGGCGGCGCGGCGCGGGGGAGGGACUGCGCGAAGCUGUUAUGCAGGACCCUACCCCAGAGAGCGGCGGGAGCGCCCGCCCUGACGAGGAGAGGCGGGAGGAGGCGGUGGCGGUGCCGGCGAGCGGCAGUGCCUCCUGGCUUCAGAGGGUCUUUGAGGAAGCGCGAGGCGAUUCGCAGCUGAGCGUGGCCCCGGCGGAGCCGCCGCCCGUGACGGUAGUGGCGGUGGAGCGGUACCUGGCCGGGGCGCAGCCCGCCGGCGCCGGGCAGUACUGGUACGACGUGACGCUGGCGAGCGGCGCGUACCAGCAGCGCUGCUACCUGGCGCCGCGCCUCAAUGGCCUGGUGCAGCGCGCGCACCUGCACGCCGGUGUGCGCCUGCGCCUCACGCGCUGCUCCUACCGCUACGAGGAGAAGCGCCUCAACUACGGGUUCCCGUGCCUGGAGGAGCUGGAGCUGGCCUGCGGCGCCGAGCCCACCCCCGCCGCCCUGCCCCGCGGCCGCCUGCCGCCCCUUCGCGGCGACAAGAAGCACUACCUGCCGCUGUGGAACAACGAGGAUCCUUACGGAGACGUGUGGGUGGCAGACAAGCCCCAGGCGAAGGUGAACGUCGACGUCUCCAAGCUGAUUUCUCUUGGUCAGCUGGAAAUGACCUGGAGAAGCAGAGUUCACUACCAUCCACUUCUUGUGAGAGUCCUGCACAAAUCUAGACUAAGGUACUACGGGAAACCAGAGAAAAAAAUGGAUAUGCCUUAUCAGGCUUACUUUGAAGUUGCUGAUGGUUCAGGCAUGAUGUCAAUGGUUUUGUGGAACUCAUUGUGUCCUGAAUGGUAUAACAGUAUGAAGGUUGGCACAGUAUUACUUCUUGAGCAGUACGCUGUCAAAACCAGUUACCCAUUUAAAACAAAACCAACCCCAGGGGAUUCACAGAUGAAGAGAUUUGCUACAAUUGAAAUCAGCCUUAAUGUUCGCGAUCCUCCUACUAAAAUAACUAUUAUUCCAGAAGAAAUGGUUAAGCCAGAGUGGGGAUUACCUGAAGUUAAAUAUCGAUUUAUCACAAGGUCAGAACUGGAUGGCUUACCACACAACCAUUCCUGUGAUGUUAUUGGUCUUGUGACGUUCGUAGGAAGGGCUGAACGAACAAGAAAGAAAGAGCAUGGUGAAGACUUCUGGCUCUAUCGUUGGGCACAUGCCAUUGACGGGACCUCAGACCAACCAUUCAUACUGGAAUUAUUUGCAACUUCUCAACCAGAAGUGUUUGAGCAUAUUCACCCAAUGACAUAUUUGGUGUGUACACAGAUGAGAGUGGUACGGGACCUCACUGAGAAUCUUUCCAGCACAGUUUACCUUACAACUUCAAAUGAAAGUCAAAUAUUCAUUACAGGGUGGCACAGGGGCCAGCCAUACACCAAGGAUACCAAAGUAAGAAAUUUCAUACAGUGGACUAAAACACAAAACGAAGUUGAUCAAAUGGAGAAAGCUGUCAUUGGUGGCUAUUAUCCUUUUCCGCGACCUCCAAAUAACUUUUUGAAAUACUGUAAAAACAAUAAAGUUGAAUCUGUUUUGAAAGCUAUAGGUGAAACAGUGAAAGAGAUUGAAGACUUGCAUUACAGAGAGCACAAGCGCAUCGCUGUUCAGGGAAUAAUUAGUGCCAUAAGAUACAUCAGCUGUAGCAAUGUGGCUGAAGAAGCCUUAGGAGUGGAACUUGCUCAGAAGGAUAAUUCUCAGUCCCUUGAAAGUUCUGCUGUGUCCAAAGAAGACUCUGUUCACAAGGAAAAAGGCACCAACCUUCAGAAUAAAGAAGCUAAGUCUUUUCUGGAGUCACAGUACACUCCUGGUGAAAAACAUCAUCACCAAGCUCUGCUGUCCCAAAAGAGUUCAGUCAAGAGAAAGAUGCCACGCAGGUUAAACACAGAUGCACAACAGAGAAGUGCAUCCGUUACUCCUGUAUCAUCUCACCACUAUUUCACACGGUCUGCAAGAAGAAAACUUGGCUUGGAUGAGUUUCAACAUGAAGAUACUGUGCAAGAUAAAAAUAGACAGACUCUGUCAGACAGUUCACAGCACUCCACAGACCAAGAAGGAAUGAGUGAUAUACUUGAAACUGAAGAGGCUGGAAGAGCUUGUGGUUUGUGGCAGAGUGACCUGUGGGCACAAGUGAAAGACAAGUUAAUGAAAUAUUUGCAUCACAGCACAAUUUUCCCAGAAAGCAUACCACGUAAAUUUGAUUAUGUGCACCGAGACUUGCUUAUGCAACAGUACAACCUUCAUGCAGCAGUGCACCAGCCAAAAGAAACCAGAACACAUAAAAAUAUCAGUGACUUUAAAAGUGCUAGUGGCCUUGGGUAUUAUGAAGUGACAGUCCUGGGUAUAAACCAUGACGUAGCAAUAGAUGUUGCAUUUCUUCCACUGUUUUGUCCUGAUGAUCCCCACUUAUUUCAACUAGAAGACAUUCAAAAUGAUACGUUACUGUCUUGUAUGAGUUGCAUCUCUGAAAGUCAGCAGACAGCCAGUAGCAAUGGAAGACUUCCUGGCAUGUUUCCACUUUCAGAUGAAAUUGUAAAAGCAGCGAUGGAUCUAGAUGGCAAACAUGUUGUCUGCAUCCUGGACAUCUGUCACUUGGGUGGUGAUAAGGUGGAAGUCUUUCUAAGCAAAAUCUACAAGACAGUGGAACCCAAUGUGAUGGAUGCAGUGUAAUUUAAUAACUUAUUUUUCAAAUUUAUCUUGCUCAAAAAGAGGGAAAUAAAAUUGCUGUAACUUGAA